AUGUCAAUCUACUUAUGCUUACAAUGUUCAAUUGUUUCGGGUAAUCAUCGUAAAAAUAUUGAUUGCCUAACUUGUUUGUUUCAACAUUUGGAAAAAAUAAUAGGGAAAUUAACAUGUGAUAUUUUCGAAUGUUAUUAUAGAUGUGUACGUAUCCUUUUAAAUAAUAAUAAUAAUAAUAAUAAUAAUAAUAAUAAUAAUAAUAAUAAUAAUAAUAAUUCUAUACAUUGUUUUGAAUAA